AAGUAUGGUUUAAUUUACAAAAUGCACCUUCCUGGUUUCAUAGUUGUAAACUUAGCUGAUCCUGCUGAAGUCGAAAGAGUUCUCCGAAAUGAACCAAAAUUCCCACAACGCUUUGACAUCCCUGCUCUCAAUUACUAUCGAGAACUCCGGAAAAAAGACCCUGGAGUCUUCUUUGCCAACGGAGAGGAUUGGUACAGAUAUCGUAGCACUGUCAGUAAACGUAUCUUAAAACCACUAGAAGUUGCCGAGCAUAUACCUGUCUUUAACGACAUCAUAACCGAAUUCGUAACUCGACUUGAAUCCAUUCGRGUAUCUGCAGGAACUGACACUGAAUAUGAAGUCAAAAAUCUCGAUAACGAGUUAUUCAAAUGGUCUUUUGAGUCAGUUGCCCAUGUGCUGUUUGAUCGACGAUUUGGAUGCCUUGGUAACGAAGUCAACCCCCAAGCUCAAGAUUUUAUCAAUUCUGUUGGAGGGUUUCUAGAAUCURYAAUGUCGAUCGCKCUGUURCCCGUUUGGCUCUACAAGAUUUAUGAGACAAARGAUUUCAGGAACUUUGUGUUUCAUUACGACAAUUUGUACAAGUAUGCGGAGCUUUUUGUCAACGAAAAAGUCAAAGAGAUUGAGAGUAAAAGUUCACUGGGAGAAGAAGCAGAGGAGGGUCUAGAAGAGAAGGCAGGUUUUGUGGAGUAUCUUUUAUUUCAGUGUAAACUCUCCAAAGAAGAUUUGAUGGCAAGCAUCAUUGACUUGUUCUUUGCUGGGGUAGAUACCACAUCAAAUACAAUGCAGUGGUUUUUGUACAUGAUGGCCAAAAAUCAAGACAAGCAACAGAGGCUUUUCCAGGAAAUAACCCAAGUACUAAAAGAUGGUGAACUGCCAAGUUAUAAGACCCUUGGCAAAAUGCCUUACUUGAAAGCCUGCUUCAAGGAAACACUACGAAUDUAUCCAGUGCUGGCUCAAACAAGCCGUAUCAUACCUUCAGAUAUGGACAUUCUGGGGUAUCAGAUACCAAAGGGWACACARGUUCAAUUCUUUCACUACUUCAUGGGUAGAAGUGAGAAGUACUUCACAAACCCAAAUGAUUUUAUCCCGGAAAGAUGGCUUAGAGAUGGUAAAAGAGACACACCUGACUCAAUCCAGGCCUUUGCUUCSAUUCCAUUUGGGUUUGGUACAAGAAUGUGUGCUGGUCGACGUAUAGCUGAGUUAGAGCUCUACCUACUGGCAACAAGAUUGGUCCAGAAGUACAAACUUCAAUACCCUGAUAAUGAAAUUGUGGAGCCAUUCAUGAGGGGAGUUACUAUUCCAGACAGACCAGUCAGAGUCAAAUUCACAACAAGACUAUAGAUGGAUUGAAAAUCAUUUUGAGUCACAUAUAUAUAAGACAAAUUGAUUGAAUAAUUUUAUGCACCACAAGUUUGCCAAAAUGUUUUGUUUUGUUUUGUUUUCUUUGUUUUUUUAUUUCACAGCAAGCUGCAGUUGAAUCCCYUGUUAUUCUAUCUACUCCACUUAAAUUACCACAUAAGACUGAGACAAAAACAUAUAAAGUUAAGUAAUAUCAAAUCUUACAUAGCUGAACAAUUGAGUUAACUUUUUGUCCACUAUUUGUAUGUAAAUCAUGAAGAUAUAUUAAACAGCUUCACUUACAAAA